AAUCCACUGAAACAAACGCUAUCUAAAGAGUAGAUUUCAUCAAAUUAUAGCAACCAAAUAGUAAUUCUCCCAAAUUUCUCCCAAUAAUUGGCAAUUCGGUAACGGUUCGACCAGACUCGAAACUAACCGGUAAUGAAACCACCGCACAGGAGAAAUAAACAUGAGAGGAGGAGACGCCAUUUUCACUUCCGCCUGAAACACCAAGGGGAACCAUCGCCUUCACUGAAACCCUAAUCUUCAUCGUUUUCCUUCCACUAUUGCCCAUGAGUUUUCCUCUAAUUACAACUCGGCGACCACUUCUUUAUCCUUUCUAAUUUUUUUUUCGUCUGCCAAACCCUACACUAUUUUUUCUAUAACAACAUUUAGGGUUUACGAAUUCUCAAUUUCUAGUGUCUAAACACAAUGUCUCUCCCUCCCAUUGAUUGUAUAUACGUCACAGAAGAAUGUGUUCGUGAAUGGAAAAGCGGAAACCAAAACUUUCGUGUUUCUAGCCCCGUGCCUAUGCUUCGAUUCCUUUAUGAACUCUGCUGGACUAUGGUUCGGGGUGAAUUUCCGUUUCAGAAGUGCAAAGCAGCACUAGAUUCUGUAGAGUUUUCUGAUAGAGUGUCCAGUCAAGAAUUAGCCUCUAGUUUUGCUGAUAUCGUUACACAAAUGGCCCAGGACCUUACAAUGCCUGGAGAGUAUCGUGCUCGCCUCAUAAAGUUGGCGAAAUGGCUGGUGGAAUCUACAUUGGUCCCAUUGAGGCUUUUCCAGGAGCGAUGUGAGGAGGAAUUUCUGUUUGAGGCUGAAAUGAUAAAGAUUAAGGCUCAGGAUUUGAAGGGCAAAGAGGUUAGAGUAAACACUCGUCUUCUUUAUCAGCAAACGAAAUUUAACCUUCUUCGAGAAGAAAGUGAGGGCUAUGCCAAACUGGUUACACUUCUAUGUCGAGGUUAUGAAGAUACAACUGAAAACACAUCAGCUGCAACAAUAGGCAUCCUUAAGUCAUUAAUUGGGCAUUUUGAUCUGGACCCAAACCGUGUUUUUGAUAUUGUUUUAGAAUGUUUUGAACUUCAGCCUGACAACAGUACUUUUUUGGAGUUGAUUCCUAUCUUUCCAAAGUCUCAUGCUUCACAAAUUCUUGGUUUUAAGUUCCAGUAUUACCAGAGAAUAGAUGUAAAUGGUCCUGUACCGUCUGGGCUAUACAAGCUUACUGCUUUGUUGGUUAAGGAAGAGUUUAUUGAUCUUGAUAGCAUAUAUGCUCAUCUACUUCCUAGGGAUGAUGAGGCCUUUGAGCAUUAUAAUGCUGUUUCAUCCAAGCGGUUAGAUGAGGCUAACAAAAUUGGAAAAAUUAAUCUGGCUGCUACUGGAAAAGACCUCAUGGAUGAUGACAAACAAGGAGAUGUGACAAUUGAUCUUUUUGCUGCUUUAGACAUGGAAACUGAGGCUGUAGUUGAAAGGUCCUCAGAGCUUGAAAGUAGUCAAACGUUGGGCUUGCUGACUGGUUUUCUUUUAGUGGAUGACUGGUUUCAUGCUCACAUACUAUUUGAUCGUCUCUCUCCUCUAAAUCCAGUAGCACAUGUUCAAAUAUGCAAUGGAUUGUUUAGGCUCAUUGAAAAGUCAAUCUCAGCUGCAUAUGAUAACAUUCGUCAAACGCAUCUCCAAAAUUUUGGGUCUUCAUUGGGUGCCAGCAUUGAUUAUAUGGGUACAAGUAGUUCCGUUGGCCAUAGGACUUUCAUUGAUCUUCCCAAGGAGCUUUUUCAGAUGCUAGCAACUAUUGGACCUUAUCUUUACCGUGAUACAAUAUUGCUGCAGAAGGUAUGCAGAGUAUUGAGAGGUUACUACUUGUCUGCACUUGAGCUUGUAGGUGGCAGUGAUGGAGCUGCUAAUGGUGAAUCUGUGUUUACCGGAAAUCCUCGUCUCCACCUAAGGGAAGCUAGGUUGAGGGUAGAGGAAGCAUUGGGGACGUGCUUGCUACCUUCUCUACAGUUGAUGCCUGCCAAUCCAGCUGUGGGGCAGGAGAUUUGGGAAGUGAUGAAUCUUCUUCCAUAUGAGGUGCGCUAUCGUUUAUAUGGUGAAUGGGAGAAAGAUGAUGAAAGGAAUCCGAUGGUUUUGGCUGCACGACAAACAGCCAAACUGGACACCAGAAGGAUUUUAAAGAGGCUUGCAAAAGAAAAUCUGAAGCAGCUGGGUCGGAUGGUUGCAAAACUAGCUCAUGCUAAUCCAAUGACUGUACUUAGAACGAUUGUUCACCAGAUUGAGGCUUAUAGGGAUAUGAUUAUGCCUGUUGUAGAUGCUUUCAAAUAUUUGACACAGCUUGAGUAUGACAUCUUGGAAUAUGUUGUAAUUGAGCGGUUGGCACAAGGAGGUCGUGAUAAGCUAAAAGAUGAUGGUCUUAAUUUGUCAGAUUGGCUUCAGUCACUGGCUUCAUUUUGGGGUCACCUGUGCAAGAAGUAUCCAUCCAUGGAAUUAAGGGGUCUUUUCCAGUAUCUUGUUAACCAGCUUAAGAAGGGCCAAGGAAUUGAACUUGUUCUUCUGCAGGAGCUUAUUCAGCAAAUGGCUAAUGUUCAGUACACAGAGAACCUAACAGAGGAACAGUUGGAUGCAAUGGCAGGGAGUGAAACUCUCCGGUAUCAGGCUACUUCUUUUGGAGUAACACGGAAUAACAAGGCUUUGAUCAAGUCUACUAACAGGCUUCGGGACUCGUUGCUUCCGAAGGAUGAGCCAAAGCUGGCAAUCCCUCUUUUGCUACUUAUUGCUCAACAUCGUUCUGUGGUUGUCAUCAAUGCAGAGGCGCCUUACAUCAAAAUGGUUAGCGAGCAGUUUGAUAGAUGUCAUGGAACUCUUCUUCAAUAUGUGGAAUUCCUUUGUAGUGCUGUGACACCAGCCAAUGCUUAUGCUCAGCUGAUUCCAUCUCUUGAUGGUCUUGUACACCUUUACCACCUUGAUCCAGAGGUUGCUUUUCUAAUAUAUCGCCCUGUAAUGAGGCUCUUCAAGUGUGAGGGACGUUCUGAUGUUUUAUGGCCUUUGGAUGAUGACCAUGAGGCUGUGAACAGCACAACUAUGAACAUGGAGUCUGAACAACUGGAAUAUUCUGGAAAAGUGAUUCUGGAUCUAGGAGCUCCUCAGAAGCCAAUAACGUGGUCAGAUCUUCUUGAAACAGUGAAAACAAUGUUGCCUUCAAAAGCCUGGAAUAGCCUCUCACCUGAUCUCUAUGCGACAUUUUGGGGUCUCACUCUUUAUGAUCUAUAUGUUCCUAGAAAUCGCUACGAGUCUGAAAUUGCGAAGCAGCAUGCGGCUCUUAAAGCUUUGGAAGAGCUUUCUGAUAAUUCAAGCUCAGCAAUCACUAAAAGGAAGAAAGACAAAGAAAGGAUUCAGGAAUCUUUAGAUCGCCUGACUAGUGAACUUCAUAAGCAUGAAGAAAAUGUUGCAUCAGUUCGUAGACGACUGUCUCGUGAAAAAGACAAAUGGUUGAGUUCUUGCCCUGAUACUUUGAAAAUUAACAUGGAGUUCCUUCAGCGCUGUAUUUUUCCACGUUGUACUUUUAGCAUGCCGGAUGCUGUUUACUGUGCUAUGUUUGUGCAUACUCUUCAUUCCCUUGGGACUCCAUUUUUCAACACAGUAAACCACAUUGAUGUACUGAUUUGCAAAACCUUACAACCGAUGAUUUGCUGUUGCACGGAAUAUGAAGCAGGUCGACUUGGAAAGUUUUUGUAUGAGACAUUAAAGAUAGCUUACUACUGGAAGAGUGAUGAAUCAAUAUAUGAACGUGAGUGCGGAAACAUGCCAGGCUUUGCUGUGUAUUAUAGAUUUCCAAAUAGCCAACGUGUUACAUAUGGCCAGUUCAUCAAGGUACACUGGAAAUGGAGUCAAAGGAUAUCUCGGUUGUUGAUUCAAUGCUUGGAGUCAACCGAGUACAUGGAAAUUCGAAAUGCUCUUAUCUUGUUGACGAAAAUUUCUGGUGUUUUCCCUGUUACUAAAAGGAGUGGAAUUAACCUUGAAAAGCGGGUUGCUAGAAUUAAAAGCGAUGAAAGAGAAGAUCUUAAAGUGUUGGCAACCGGUGUUGCUGCUGCCUUGGCUGCUAGAAAGCCUUCUUGGGUUACCGAUGAAGAGUUUGGCAUGGGAUACCUCGAAAUAAAGCCUCCAGCUGCUUCGAAGUCAUUGGCUGUUAAUAUAGCAGCUGGCCAAAGUAGUUCUACCCUUAAUGUCUCUCAGAGUGAAGCUGCUGGGGGAAGAGCAGUUGCGACGGUAACUCAACAUGGAGAUUUUGGGAAUUCAGCCAGAGAACCCAGAGCAAAGUCUGCGGAUGGGAGGUCUGAUAGAACUGAAAAUGUUUCACAUGUGAAAUCUGAUCAAGGACAUCAAAAAGUAAAAGGUGGGUCAUUGGUGAAUGGGUCAGACGUUCAGUCAUCUGUUUCUGCUGCUGCUGUACAAAUUGGCGCAUCAAGGUCAGCAGAGAAUCAAAAGCAAAUGGAUGAAAUGGCAAAUAGAACGCUGGAUGAAAGCAUGGGCAGAGCUGCCUCAAAGAACUCUGCAGAAUCUGAGUCAAAAGCUUCUGGUAAAAGGUCAGUGCCUGCUGGAUCAGUUAAAACACCUAAACAAGAUCUUGGUAAAGAUGACUUUAAAUCUGGAAAAGCAGUGGGCAGAACUCCUGGCACUUCCUCCGGUGACAAGGACAUCUCUUCUCAUUUGUCUGAUGGAAGGCAAGGAAGUGUUACCAAUGUUUCUGCUGCGGUCACAUCCAAUGGUAAUGUGGUUUCAGCAUCAGCAAGGUGCUCAACCUCAAGUCAUGGUGGUGAAGGCAAGACAGAUGGUGGAGCUGGCAAAUCUGUAGUAAGAGAUGAUGCUACUGAAGUUGCUGAUGUUCAGAAGCCUCCUCGACUUGUUCAUUCUCCUAGGCAUGAUGGUUCUCUAGCACCAUCAAAGUCUAGUGAUAAGCUGCAGAAGAGAGCUAGCCCUGGAGAAGAUCCUGAAAGAUUAAUCAAACGCCGGAAAGGUGACACUGAAUUGAGAGAUUUAGAGGGUGAAGGCCGAUUAUCUGAUAGAGAGAGGUCCAUUGAUGCUCGAUUACUGGACCUUGAGAAAAUGGGCUCGGAUGAGCAAAAUAUACAUAGAAGUACUGAAAAGCUUUUGGAUAGGUCAAAAGACAAAAGUAAUGAGAGAUAUGACAGGGACUAUAGGGAAAGAUCAGAUCGUCCUGAUAAAUCUCGUGCAGAUGAUAUAUUAAUGGAAAGAUCAAGAGACAGGUCAAUGGAAAGAUAUGGAAGAGAGCGUUCAGUUGAGAGAGGUGCUGAUAGGAAUUUUGACAGGCCUACUGACAAAGCCAAAGAUGAAAGAAACAAGGAUGACCGAAGCAAGCUGCGUUAUAGCGAUACAUCUGUGGAAAAAUCUCAUGUUGAUGAUCGAUUUUAUGGGCAAAAUCUUCCUCCUCCACCGCCUUUGCCGCCUCAUUUGGUUCCCCAAUCUGUUAAUACUGGUAGAAGAGACGAAGAUGCUGAUAGAAGGUUUGGAGCUGCGAGGCAUGCUCAGAGGCUUUCUCCACGGCAUGAAGAGAGAGAAAGAAGACGCUCAGAAGAAAAUUCUAUGGUUUCACAAGACGAUGCAAAACGUAGAAGAGAAGAUGACUUUCGAGAGAGGAAGCGAGAAGAGAGAGAGGGGAUGUCAAUGAAGGUGGAGGAUAGGGAAAGAGAAAGGGAGAGGGAAAGAGAAAAAGUGAACCUUUUGAAGGAGGAAAUGGAUGCUAGUGCAGCCUCUAAGAGACGGAAACUUAAAAGAGAACAUUUGCCCUCAGGGGAAGCUGGUGAGUACUCUCCAAUUGCUCCACCACCUCCACCUCCUCCUAUUGGCAUGUCACAAACAUAUGACGGAAGAGAUCGGGGGGAUAGGAAGGGAGCCAUGAUCCAGCGUGCAGGUUACAUGGAGGAACCACCUAUGAGGAUUCAUGGCAAAGAAGUAGCUGGCAAAAUGACUCGUCGUGAUGCAGAUCCGAUGUAUGACCGAGAAUGGGAUGAUGAGAAGAGGCAAAGAGGAGAGCAGAAGCGGAGGCACCGGAAGUAAUGUCCUCAAUAAUGGAACAUGACGAGCUGAUUUUGGGUGCAUCAAUAUCAACAUUUGUGAUUAUUUUGUUUCCAUUGGUACUCCAAUUUCCUGUUAAAUUGUACCGGACUAGCUGUUGUAGCUCCUGAUUUUGGUGCUUAUAUCUAAUAUUUCAUUAAUGAUGAGAGAUGAUCGAUGAAAUUUUUGUACCAUAUUGUAUAUUGUGAUCACCAUAGUAUAGUGUAUCUAACCAAAUAUUUCUCCGCUCAAUUUCAUAUGAAAUGUAAAUAAAAUUGAGUUUUGGUUUCAA